AUGAAAACUGUGGAGGAAGCUCGGAAACGUUGGCAUUCGCUUUUCAACGGCAAAUCCUCGUUAGCCGAGCUCAAGCACGCGUUGAGAGACAAACAUGGUGGGGGACCAUGUGAAGAUGGUUUGAGAUCGGUGUGCUGGAAGGCGUUUCUUAUUCAUCAAAACCUCGAUACCGCUUCUUGGCCUGUCCAGAUACUUGACUCGAGAGCUGCGUACCAGUCACUGCGGGAAUACUUCCUAAAGUAUAUACAGCAUCCAGAUGACCUACCGUCUACAGCAGACCCGUUGGCCGAGGAUGAUGAGUCUCCUUGGCAAACCCUACGACGAGAUGAAGCUAUAAGGGCAGAAAUAUACCAGGAUGUGGAAAGAUGCAUGCAGGAAAACUAUUUCUUUCGGGAGCCCACGACAAAGGCACGGAUGCUAGAUAUACUGUUCAUAUACACAAAAUUGAAUGCCGACCUUGGCUACCGACAGGGCAUGCAUGAGUUACUAGCACCUGUUUUGUGGAUUGUAGAACACGAUGCAAUUGACAAAAAGUCCAUAGAUGUUUCAGCCUCUCAUAAUAGAACGGACGAUUUGAUGCUGCAGGUCCUCGAUAUGGAGUACACAGAACAUGAUGCCUUCACGAUCUUCUGUGCUAUCAUGCAGACUGGAAAGCUAUUUUAUGAGCAAGAGGCCAAAAAGGUACCUGGGGUCCAAUCAGAUAUUUCGCCUAUCGUUGCUCGGAGCCAGCACAUCCAUCAAGUAGUGCUCAGGGCUGUUGACCCGGAAUUGGCAGAUCAUCUACAAGUUACAGAGAUACUUCCACAAAUAUUCUUAACUCGCUGGAUACGUCUCCUAUUUGGCCGAGAAUUUUCAUUCCAAGAAGUGCUCAGCAUAUGGGAUUUACUAUUUGCCGAAAAAAUGAGACUCGAACUAAUUGAUGCUAUUUGCGUUGCAAUGCUUCUCAGGAUCAGGUGGCAACUGCUCGAUGCGGAUUACUCUUCUGCUCUGGGACUGUUAUUGCGAUAUCCUGCGCCGACUCCCUGCAAGCCAGUAACCUUCGUAGAAGACGGUCUCUUCCUCGAAAAAAACACAAAUUGCGAAGGCGCAUCACUACUUAUACAGAAGUAUUCAGGAAAGGCACCUGAUCCAAAUAAGCAGUACAUUCCACCGACUCAGAUUGCAGUCGCACGAUUUCCGCCUCGCAGAAGGAAGAAACUUACAAGCCGAGAACCCAGCAGUGCGCCAAGCGAAGUUCCGUCCCCGAGCGUUUCUCCCGCAAGAAACCACCAACGACGGCUCGAUUCUUUGUUCCAGGACGUGUCGGAAGGGCUACAACGCCGUACAGAGGGAUGGGGCGUAACCAAAGCCGUUCGUGGCGCAAUGGUUGAAGCUAGACGCAAUAUCCAAAACAUGCACUCCAGUGCAAGUACUCCCGCACCCCGGCGCAUCGAAAGCCCGCCUCACGACUCGCCUAGCCCGCCACAUAUCAGCCUUGCUACGAUACGUAGGCUAAAUGCUAGAAUUUCCGCUCUUGAGAGCCGGAGCCAGACUUUGGCUGGAAUGUUGGGAGAAGCCAUUAACGAGUUGCAUACUAAGCAAGUGCAUCCAAACAAUUCCGGCAUUGAGGCCAUCGAUCUUGCUCUGGCAAAACUGCAAUUUGUGCAAGUGUACCUAGAAGACCCCACUAUCCCAAUCCCCGACGAAGAAAAAUCAGCCACACAGGCUCCAGCCAGAGCACGUUCAAGUGAACCUGUGUCCAACGUCGUUGCGGGCAAAGAAAACAACACCCCCAGCGGCCAGCCGAGGGGAAAUAAUAACUCAGCAUUCCUUGAACUGCCUAACAACGGAGACUCAGAGGCCUCAGACAUUAUCAAACCGGUCCCAUUGCGACCAGCAGCAGCGCCGGCAACGCGCGCACCCAUAGCAGAGUCACCAUUUUCGUGGAUGUUGGGUGAUAACAGGGAGCGUUCGGGGUUUGUGACAUCCGUGGCAGUCCCCCCAGAGCAGAGUCGGAGUACAGGCACGCUUUUUGGGGACAACCGGGCUGAUGAGAGGAGGAAACCGCCCGGAGAUGAAGAGGAUGGCGUUGUCCUAGAUAGCUUGCGUGGAGUAGCCAAAACGUCAUAA